AUGGGUUUCAUCGGCGCCACCGCAACGGGCCUCAUGGCCGGUCUCCACGGCUACAUUCUUGUCCUGGAGAUGUUCCUCUGGACCUCGCCCCGCGGUCGCAAGGCUUUCCGCCUGACGGCUGACUUCGCCGAAAAGACCAAGACGCUGGCUGCCAACCAGGGCCUGUAUAACGGCUUCCUGGCCGCCGGCUUGGUCUGGGGCUUGGCGCAUCCCGUUGCCGAGUUUGCCGACCAGAUCCGGCUCUUCUUCCUCGGCUGCAUCGUCGUUGCUGGCGCCUACGGCGGCGCUACGGCGAACCCGCGCAUCUUCAUGAUCCAGAGCGUGCCUGCUCUUGUGUCCAUUGGCGCCGUUCUGUCGGGUUACUAA